UUAUCACUGAUAAUUUCCACUAAAAUGUAUGUUGUAAAUAAAGUCUGAUUAGCGGAAAAAUUAGAUUUUUCUGGGGGGAAAAAACUUGUAUUAGUCCCAUUUUAGUGACUUCCAACCGUCACAAGUCCUUGAAUUCUCUGAAAAUGACAGAUCAGAAGAAUAUUUUUACAUUCAAAGAUGAAAGACCUCAACAAUGUCCGUCAUUAGAAUACAGUACAGAUUUUUUACACAAUAAAGUGCCAUUGGUAAUAGAUAAUGGUACAUAUCAAUGCAGAGCUGGCUGGGCCACCAGUGACAAACCACAGCUAAUAUUCAAAAAUAUAACAGCUAAACCAAGGGGUAAAAAGGAGACAGACACCCAAGUAGGAAAUGAAAUAAAUACAACAGAGGUCGCAAAAUGGUUAAUAAGGUCACCAUUCGAUAGAAAUGUUGUGACAUUGUAUGAUGUUCAGGAACAAAUAUUUGACUAUAUAUUUACACAUCUUGGUUUGAACACAGAUGGGUAUAUUGACCACCCUGUGGUGUUGACAGAGCCUGUAUGUAAUCCUAACUACUGUCGUCAGCAAAUGUCAGAGCUUUUAUUUGAAUGUUACAACAUACCUCAAGUUACAUAUGGUAUUGAUGCCAUGUUCAGUUUGUAUGCUAACCAUGACAGGAUGGAAGAUAUCAAUUCCCUGAUAGUAUCCUGUGGUUACCAGACUACACACUUACUUCCUGUUCUUGGUGGACGUCUGGACACAUCACAAUGUCGACGGAUUAAUCUUGGAGGAUAUCACCUAGAAACAUUCAUGCAGCGACUUCUACAACUUAAAUAUCCUGGACAUUUUGCUGCUGUGUCACUUAACAGGGCUGAGGAAUUAGUGAGAGAUCAUUGUCACCUAGCACCAGAUUACAAUGCAGAUUUACAUGAAUGGGUUUCUAAUGACUAUUAUGAUGAAAACGUACACAAGAUUCAACUUCCUUACACUAAUGCCCCAGGAAACCAGCUAUCAGCAGAGCAAACAAAAGAAAGAAGGGAACAACAAAUAAAAAGAUUGAAAGAAGUAACAGCAAAAAGGAGAUUGGAAAAAUUAGCAUCCGAGGAACAGAAGUUACAAGAGUUAAUGAGUAUCCAGGAAUUAUUGGAGGAUGAAGACGAUGAUGAGGCAUUUGAUCGAGCUUUACAGAACACAUCAUUUGAUACACCAGAAGAAUUACAAGCAGAAAUAAACAGAUUAACAAUAGCAAUACAGAGGAACAGAGCCAAAGUUCUUGGGAUAGAGCCACCUCCUGCUGAAGAGCCUAAGAAACAAACAGUUUAUGACCUUUUGGAAAUUCCUGAUGACCAGUUGUCUGCUGACCAGGUACUGACCAAGAAAAAACAAAGAAUGUUGAAGAAUGCCAGAGAGGGAAGGCUUAGAGCACAAGCUUUACAGAUAGAAAAAAGACAAAAGGAGAUGGAAGAAGAGAGAAAGUUAGAACAGAGGAGAAGGAAGGAUUUCAACGGAUGGUUACAGGAAGUAAGAGGGAGGAGACAGAAAUUACUGGAUGCCAGAACAUCAAGAAAACAGAAGAAAUCAGACAUGGCAAAGAGGAGGACAUUAGCAUCUCAACAGAGAAUGAAAAUGAUAACACAGUUAGCUGCAGGAGAGAGUAGUUCAACAAAGAAGAAAGCUGAUACGUUUGGACAGAAUGAUGCUGACUGGGAUGUUUAUAAGGAGAUACAUCCACAGAAUGCAGACAGUGAUUCAGAAGUGGAAGAAGAACAGAUAGAAGAAUUAGAGGCCAUGUUGAGGGAACACGAUCCAGAAUUUCAAAAAGAACUAGACUUGGGAGGUUCUGAGGAAUUUGAUAUUGCUGAAUAUUACAGACUUCACCUGGCAAUAGAAAGAGUGAGGGUACCAGAAUUAUUAUUCCAGCCAUCAAUGAUUGGUGUAGAACAAGCUGGUAUCGUAGAAACUAUGGACUUUUUAUUACAUAAAUAUGACCAAGAAAAACAGAAACUGUUAGUUCAGAAUGUGUUCCUAACUGGUGGCAAUGCAUUGUUUAUGAAUUUCAAGGAGAGAUUAGAAAAAGAGUUGUUAGAGAUGAGGCCAUUCCAAUCAAUGUUCUCAGUUACCAGAGCAGUUGAUCCAGUAUUAGAUGCCUGGAAAGGAGCCAGAAAAUUUGCCAUUUCUCCAGAUCGGUCAGUUUACAGUAUCACAAAGGCAGACUACACAGAAAUGGGAGGAGAAUAUCUUAAAGAACAUUUCCUAUCUAACAGAUACUUCCCUUCUCCUGUGUCAAUAAAACUAGAAAAAUAAUAAAAUAGUUUUCUUCUCACUCUGACAAAGUUGGAAAAAUCAAAACUAGGUGUGUUGUUU